AGGGAGAUAAUUAAGUCACCUCAAAAGAAAGCAAUGGCUCUGAUACCAUGUAGAUUUUAGUAGAAGACAUUUUUCGUAUUCCUUUACGUAUUUACAUCUCAUGAGAAGAGUUAUUUAUACAAGCGAAUUCUAACUUAUUAAAGAAAGACAACACAUUACAAUACAAAAAUAUUCUAUUCCUAUAAUUACGCUGGAAAAAGGGAAAAUAAAGUCUCUUAAAAUCAUGAUUAUUAAUUAACACAAUUAACAAUUUUGUUUUUAAUAAAUUACUCUUGUUUAUAGAAUCUCAAUUGAGUUUCCAUGAUCUCUAAUUACAUUGUUGAUGUUGAUGAGAUGUGAUCCAAAAUGCAGGUUGACAUGCUUCAAGAAGAGAAUGAAAGUUUACUAGAAAAGCUUCGACUUGCAGAAGAGCGUUGCGAAGAAGCUGAGGCACGGGCUAGACAGCUAGAGCAGCAGGUUGCUAGUCUUGGGGAAGGUGUGUCAAUGGAGGCUCGUCUUUUAAGCAGGAAAGAAGCAGCUCUACAACAAAGGGAGGCUGCUCUAAAAGUUGCAGCACAAAAUUAUGGUGGAAAGGGUGACGAGCUUGCAGCUCUUCGGACAGAAGCUGAGUCCCUGCGAACUAUGACCCGAAGAAUGAUACUGAAUCAAGAGGAGAUGGAAGAGGUUGUUCUCAAGAGGUGUUGGCUCGCACGCUAUUGGAGUUUAUGCGUCCGUUAUGGUAUUCACACAGACAUAGCUGGAGCUAAACAAGAAUACUGGUCAUCCCUUGCCCCUUUAUCAUUGGAAGUGGUGUUGGAGGCAGGACAAAAAGCUAAAGAUGAGAAAUUACUUUACAACGAUCCAGAUGAAAGAGAAACACUUCCGCGUGAUUUGAAUGAACUUUUAGGAGAUGGGAAUGUGGAGAGCAUGCUACUUGUGGAUAAAGGUCUUCGAGAACUGAUAUCACUCAAGGUAGACGGAGCAUUAGCCCUAGCAAUGGCCCAACAAAGGCGCCCAACUGCACUGAGAGCUACAGAUGACAUGAGGCUACCAAUUGAAGGCCAGAGCUUUUUAGAAGCAUACGAAUUGAGUCCAGAGGAGUCAGAAGAUGUGCAAUUUAAGCAGGCAUGGCUCACAUACUUUUGGAGAAGGGCCAAAAAUCAUGGAGUGGAGCCAGAUAUUGCAGAGGAGAGAUUGGAGUUUUGGAUCAACCAAGGUGGCCAACCUCUCACUUCACAUGAUGCUGUUCAUGUCGAGCGGGGCCUCAUAGAGCUCAAGAAAUUGGGGAUUGAAACCCAAUUAUGGAAAGAAAGUCGCCUAUCGGUAGAUCCAGAGAAUACCAAAAAAAUGCAAAAGGAAAAUGAGUUUUGACAAUGAGUUAUUUUUCUCUCUUACCCAUGGAUAACUUUAUCCUCUAUUCGUUUUUUUUUUUUUUUUUUUUUUUUUUUUUUUUUUUAUGGGUUUUGAUAAUAUUUGCUACAAGAGUUCUUAUUAUUAUAUUUUUUUU